AUGCAACAACCAUCGAAUAGGAUAUUAAGUGUUGCUGUACUAGGGGUUGUUUUGGCGGUUUAUUUAUUGAGAAAGUCUAAGGAAAACAAAAUUGAUAAUGAAGAAGCGUCAGUAUCUCUGUGUCAAGUACAUGCUCAAUUGGAUGAAUUUGAUAGAUUUGAUGAUCAAACACUGCUUUCAGUAUUAGCUGCUCUUAAAUCACACGAUUUUCAUAUUGGUCAACCUGUCUGGGGACCAUCAAAUAAUAUUCUUUAUCUAUGCGAACAUCAACUCAAAGCAGGCCUGAAACACUCCAUAAUCGAUCAAGAAUUAAAAACUGUUCUAAAAAAUCAUGGCGAAUCUAGAAAACAUCUUGCCUGGACGUGUGUUUGA